AUGAAUACGAACAUCCCAGGGCCCUGGCAAAAUGAGGCCGAGCUCGCCAUGGUCAGAGACUGGUUCUACCCUAGCCACUCGGUAGAAGACCCAUACGAGUUAAAGUCACGAGAAGACAUGCGAUCUGAAGCAAUAGCUCGUGUCAACGUUUGGACCUUCAAGUCGCACAAAACUCCAGUCGCUGUGAUAUCGACAGCUGAUCUGACAGACUCAAUCAUACACUAUGAAAAGAUGGUGAGCACAAAUAAUCCCGAUUCUUAUCGUGCAGUACAAUUUAUGUUUGCAUUUGCGUUCUUGCGCUUUGUGAACAGCUUCGUUGAUCGAGACGUCGCGAAGGCAGCUACUGCAGCACUAAUCACGAGUGAGGACGACGACGAUGACGAGACUUCUGUCAAGAUUGCUGGAGAGUCGUCAAUGUAUGCUCAUGCAGCAGCUAUUUCGAUGCCGAAUCGCUUCGUGGAUCUAAGGCACCAGGUUAGCCAUGGUCAGCUUCCUGAUGUCAAAGCACUUCGGGAUGCAGCAAAUGAAGGCUUGACAUGGUUAUGGGAGAGAUGGUGGAAGGGCAAUGCUACAGGAGAUCCUACGACAGCAUUGAGCUACGAGCGAGCUCAGAGCGCAGACACAGAGGCCGGCGUAGCCACCAAUGCCGUGCGAGCGACUAUUUUGCGAAGCAAAAAGCUGAUCGACUGGCCAUCACAAUCACUUGACUACAAGUAA